GCAACACUACUUCAUUUUUGUUUUUCACAGCAGCUAUAAUCUUUCUUGGUCUUUAUUAGCUGUAUCUGCCUGCAAUUAUAAGUUCUUUUAUUAUGAGAAGAACUAUAGUUGUGGUAUUCUUCAUGUUUCAAUGUUUUAGUUUUAAUGUUAAAGGUUUCGGCCUUUCAUAUAAUUUCUAUGAGAAAUCGUGCCCACAAGUUGAGGACAUUGUCAGAAAUGGCCUUCAGCCUAUAUUUCUCACCGAUCCCACUUCUGCAUCUGCGUUGUUAAGGCUUAUGUUUCAUGAUUGUCAAGUUCAGGGAUGCGAUGCUUCCAUUCUAGUUGAUCCAGGAAAUGGAAAUGAGGCAACAGAGAUGGCUUCUAGUAAGAAUUUGGGGAUAAGAAAGAGAGAGAUAGUAAGCAUGGUUAAAUCAAUGGUGGAAGCUCAAUGCCCCCAACAAGUCUCAUGUGCCGAUAUUCUGAUAUUGGCGGCUCGAGAGGCCGUGGCGGUGACAGGAGGGCCACGGAUAAAAGUCCCAUUGGGACGGCGGGAUUCGUCUCACGCCCCUAGCCAUCGACUGCCAGACGCAUUGCUCCCUCCUGCAACAGCUGGAGUCUCUGAAAUGCUUAAUAUUUUCACCAACAAAGGAAUGAACCUUGAAGAAUCUGUCGCCGUUUUGGGUAUGUCUUCAACAUAAGCAUUUAAUUUAAAGGAUAUAUCUUGGUUACUUGUAUUUUAAGCUUGGAUCUAACAGGUAAAAAUAUAACGUUUAAAUCUGUACUUUUAAGUUCAUUAUAUAUGUAUACAUU